GGGCACGCUUUCGCGGCACUCGCACUCGCUAUAUAGACGAGCCACGCGCUACGACGUCCGUUCCUCAGCUCUCUACAUCUCUCUCUCUCUCUCGUGGUAUCACAGCGUAUACGUGGUGAGGCACAUCGACAAGUGACGAGUUUUUGACAUUGCAUCACAAUGCUGCUGGUCGUCGCGCUCUGCUGCGCUCUCGUCGCCGGACUUCAGGCUUCGCCGAUUUCGCCCCAGCGAGAAAUCAUACCUCUGAACGCGGAAGCCUUCGCGCAGCCGGAGUACGUACAGGCCUUGGCCAAGGAGCUGGAAAAAGAGGGUGUUGCGGAAUUGAAGAGUCAAGCCGAGGAGCGCCAGACGAGAAACGCGCGAAACGACUACGAUAGCCCGGACUACGGACACGGCCAGAAAUUCACUGGGCAUAGAAAACCGGACUCGACGCACCGCUUGAUCAACAAGGGCUUCAGCGAGACGAUCAUCUACCCGUCCGACAUAAUCGAGUACACCAACCAGAAGCGCAACUUCGACGAGAUCGACCGCAGCGGUUUCUCCGGCUUCAGCAAACGCAACUUCGACGAGAUCGAUCGAAGCGGCUUCUCCGGCUUCAACAAGAAGCGCAACUUCGACGAGAUCGACAGAACCGGUUUUUCCGGCUUCAACAAGAGGAACUUUGACGAGAUCGACAGAAGCGGUUUCUCCGGCUUCAACAAGAGGAACUUCGACGAGAUCGACAGAAGCGGUUUCUCCGGCUUCAACAAGAGGAACUUCGACGAGAUCGACAGAAGCGGUUUCUCCGGCUUCAACAAGAGGAACUUCGAUGAGAUAGACAGAACCGGUUUCUCUGGCUUCAACAAGAGGAACUUUGACGAGAUCGACAGGUCGGGCUUCUCCGGCUUCAACAAAAGAAACUUCGACGAAAUUGACAGGUCGGGAUUCUCGGGAUUCAACAGGAAGCGCAACUUUGAUGAAAUCGACCGCAGCGGUGUUCCUGGAUUCGCCAAGAGAUCUAUCGCCUCCUCGAGAUCCGGUAAGAGUCAACGGACGCAUUAGUCGUUCAUGUAGAUCAAAGAAUCGGUGACGAUCUCAUGAUUUAUGAUAUCGCGAGCGCGACGCAUUCGCACUACUGACACGGCGAGGGUAUUAUUAUGGGGCGCGAGGGGGAUGAUAAUUAUCGACACUAUCUUUCGUCAUCGAACUGCGCUACUGUAUGAUCUGUUAUAUUGUCUCGUUUAUAGAUUGCUAUUAUUAUUAUUUAUUGCGUUGGAGACAUGUUACAAGCAUCGAUUUAUCCGUAUAAUUAUCCUCUGAUCGUGUGGAAUGUGUACACUUCUAUGAUGUUUUCUAUAUAUGAGUCAGCGAUUUUGACAAUCGUUAUAUGCUGCUGCUUAUUCUGUUCUCCGAACGUUACGAUAUAUUAUAGCUAAAUAGCUGAUUAUAUUGCGAGUAACUGCUCGGUCAGGGUGAUAGAUCGAUUUGUGUACCUGUAUACAUGCCUAACAUUGAAGCUUUUUGGUUUGCAAAGAUAUUAUACACACGAUGGUCAACGAGGUCGACAGCAACAAAAUAUGAGAAAUCUCCAAGCUCGAUAAUUUAAAGCAUCUGCUAUAUAAUAUGAAGAAAAAAGCCAUAAUUACGAGAUAAAUUACUAGUAUUUUUUUAUACAAAUUUAACGAAACGCGCGUCCUGCUCAUAAUCUGACACACGCACACGCGAAACCUACUUUUGCGCGCAGCAGUCGUGCUUUUCUCGAGGAAAAAUGAAUUAUACUUUACGACCUCGCGAGAGAGAAUGUAAAAGUUUCACGAAUAGGAAUAGUAUUAGCCGCGUGAAGCUAUGCGCGACUUCAUAUUUUGUUGAUGUCUUGUUUUUUUCUUUUUUUUUUUUAAAUUGCUGGGCAAUUCUAUAUACUUAUGCAGAUAGAAUAUUUUGUAUAUCGAUAAUUUACCAUGCACAAGAUAUAUGAUAUUUUUCGAGAUAGUUAAUUGAUACUGAAUGUUAUACUCCUUUUGUAAAUAAACUAUAUUUGCGAAAGUGUAAAAAUGUUUUAAGUAUAUGGUAUGAGCGAAUUUCGUGCAACGAUCUAUUGUGAUUUUUUUUCGGUACGUGUGUUAAAAAGGCUUAGCGGUUAUUGUAAACGCUCACGAUGAUUUUUUUUCUUGAUAGAGUGUGUACUAACCGAUGAAUAUACACUAGACAUAUAAGUAUUUUCCUUUGUUCUACUAUUUAUUAUAUACUCUUAAGUGUUUCACGCAGACUGAAAAUUCUUACGAAAAUGAUAUUAUAACUAUAUUAUGCUGUACAAGCAAAUAGAUCAAUUAUUUAAUUGACUGAUACAUAUUCAUUAAUUAAUUCCCUGUUAAUUAAUUGCAAAGUGGCUGUGGGAUACGAAUUGUAAUUUGACCCGACAGGGACGGCUAAUCAACUAUGAUACACACUUUCACCAUUAUUUGUUUUUAGUCAGGCAUACCAUCAUCGUCAUGAUUAUUUCAUUCUCGAAUUUUUGAAAUCUAUAAAUUUGAAGGAAAAACACCCUCGCUCGCGUCAGUGGUUACUAUAAUAAAUGCCAAAAGAAACAAAACUCAAUUUCAUCGUGCCAGAUUAAGAAAAGAAAAUAAGAGCAUUUUUACCGUGGCUAUGCUAUUCCGUAACUUUUUUUCCAUCGAAGCGUAUAUUUCUUUGAAUUAUUAAUGAGCCUGAAAUCCCACUGGAGUAUGUCAAAUGAUUUGUUUCGGAUUUGCAUUAUGAUGUGAUGAAACGAGGGCGCAAAGGCAAGUCGAAAACUAUAAUUACUCAAUCACUUUGAAUUUGUACCUGCAAUGAAGCUGCAUAUGUGUGGAUGUUAUCUGAUUUUCCCGUCGGGAUUGAAUUUUCCAAAACGAUUAUAAUUUGUUUGAUAUUUAAUGAAGCUCCUGAAAGUUGAAUAAUAAUAAGAGAUGCAUAAACAAAGAAUAUAUAUAGUGUAUAAGCAAAUUGUAUUUUCACGCGUGUUUUAUUGCGGACUUUAUAUAAUAACUGAUCAGUGAAUUUUAUUGUUCGCAUAUUGUUGUUCCUCGUAAAAAUUUAUCUUCGUGUAAUAACGUAUAAAUCCAAAAACUGUGGAGUUGAGUUAAAUAAAAUGAAAUAUAUGAGACAUUGUAAAUAUACUUGUACAACAAAA